UUUGUCAAGUUCAGUGCUAGAUCGAAGCCAUGAUUGUAACGUUCAAUCAAAUCAAAGUAUUGUUUCUAUCGCUAGCUCUCCCGACUUUAGUGCUAUCAAUCCAAGUAAAAUCGGACCAACAUCGAUACGCCUGCGGACAACGUCCAAUCAACGGCAUCGGAGUAAUAACUUCCGGGCAGUCAACAUGGCCAGGACAGUUCCCGUGGCAUGCAGCCCUCUACCGGACAAAAGGCUUGGGAAGCGAGUACAUCUGCGGGGGGUUUACCAUUGCAGAUCGCAUUGUCAUAACGGCAGCUCAUUGCGUCACGGCUCCCAAUGGCUAUCAGGUUGUUGCAAGUGCUAUUUCCGUACGGCUUGGGUUGUACGAACUGUUGAGGAUGACCAAAAACACUCAGGAACAUCGAGUGGAGAGGGUCUAUCGGCAUCCUAAUUACACCGCCAGCUCAUAUAAGCAUGACAUUGCUUUGUUACUGCUCAGAACAGUGAUUGAGUUCAACGACUACAUUCAGCCAAUUUGUUUAUGGGAUCAGGAGAAAUACGGCCCAGGAGAAACGCUUGUUGGUAUUGUAUCAGGAUGGGGAAUAACGGAGUACGAUACGUUGGCUGAUGAUCUGAAAUCGGCCAGGUUACCUAUGGUUAGUCUUUUGGAGUGUCUUGAGAGUGACCGGGACCUAUUCUCCCACGCAAUCUUCGAUGGAAUGUUUUGUGCUGGAAUUGCAAACAGUACUAAUGUUUGCAAUGGAGACAGUGGCGGUGCUUUCGCGGUAGACGUCAAUGGAACAUGGGUUGCACGAGGAAUAGUAUCCUUCACGGGCCUAAGAGAUUCAUCGGUAACACUGUGCAAGACGGAAAGCUUAGCCGGUUUUGUCAACAUCCCUCGAUACGUGGAAUGGAUUGAGAGGAUGGCAAACAAAGAUCGCUUCGUGGCAAUUGAACCCCCUGAACACAAUAGCGGAGAAAAAUCCUAUUCAGAUGCUGUGGUGACACCCACUACGAUAGCACCUUCCUACAGCAUUAGUGAGAAAAAAUGUGUCGAAUACCACAGCGGCUCGAAGAAGAAAUCCCGAGAAUUGUCCUAUUUGGCAUACGUUGCAAGAUUUUUUCUAUUCAUGCGUAAGAUUGAUUGUUUCGCAGUAUUGAUAAGCGAGCGAUUCCUCCUGGCAAGGGCUGACUGCCAUUCACCUAGAACCUCACAAUCUACCUAUUCAGAAGGCGAGCAAUUUAUUAUUGUCGAAAUGGAAGGUCGAGCGCUGCAGUACGAAAUAGAGACCUUCCACCAGCAUCCAGCCUUCGUACGAAAUCCAGCCGAAAACAACCUUGCACUAAUUGAGCUGAACCGGAACGUAUCCUUUCACACUCGUUUCAGGAUUUGCAGCAGCCAGUUCGUGUGCCUGUGGAGCCGGGGCGAAUUCGGUUUGGGUAAAAUAUUUCUUUACUCGGCGAUGAAUGAGACUGGCAAACCACUAAUGGAUUCGGUAAAAUGCUUCAAUCAGUUACUGGCGCCAUCAGUUAUGAUAGAGCGAGAUUACUAUCAUUUGGUCGGAAUUGUGGUUAACAGCACGUGCGCGACGAUAAGAUUUAUUAAGCUGGAAAAGUUUAUCCCGUGGAUUGAAAGCAUCGUGUGGAAGAGUGGUUGAUCAAUGGGGUUUUUAGUGUGACGGAGAUAAAUCUAUAUUCUGGAUUCAGAGAAUUUUAUUGCUUUUUGCCUUUCUCGUACACUAAGUGUACUGGAAAGGCUAUAUGUUCACUCCAAAAAUGACUUUUUGAUAGAAGGCCCGGAGGGUCAAAUCACAUAUACCAAUCAACUCAACUCGACGAAUUGAGGUGAUGUCUGUGUGUGUGUAUGUGUGUGCGUGUGUGUGUCUGUAUGUGUGUGUACAAAAAAACUCACAUCACUUUUUGGCAGUAAACCUCAUCCGAUUUCAAUGUCCGACGGUUCAUUCGACGCGGAAUCUGGUCCCAUUGUUUCCUAUUGAAAAUGGUUUGGAUCGGUUCAGCCGUUCCGGAGAUAAGGCCAUUUAGGUGUUCCGGAACGGUACCCCAGGAAGGGACCAGAUAUGAAAAUGCAUCAAACCUAUGCAUGCGACACAUCAAACCACUGCAUUUUCGAUAACCUGAUGAGCGGUAAGCAGAAAAAUAGUCUAAGACCAUAUCUGAACCGGUAGUGCUACGGAACCGGUUCCGGGUGUCCCGCCGGAAGUGGCAAAUAUCAAAGUGAAUCAAACCCAUGCAUGAGACACAUCAAACCACGGCAUUUUCGAUAAUCUGAUGAGCGGUAAGCAGGAAAAUAGUCUCAGACCAUAUCUGAACCGGUAGUGUUCCCGAACCGGUUCUGGGCGUCCCGCUGGAAGUGGCCAAAUAUACAAUUGUAGCAAACCCAUGCAAGCGACACAUCAAACCACGGCAUUUUAGAUGACCUGAUGGACAACGAGCAGGAAAAUCAUCUCUGAUCAUAUCUGAACCGGUAGUGUUCCGGAACCGGUUCUAGGCGUUCCACUGGAAGUGGUCAAAAAUACAAUUGAACCAAACCCAUGCAUGCGACACAUCAAACCACGGCAUUUUCGAUGACCUGAUGGAUAAUGAGCAGGAAAAUCAUCUCAGACCAUAUCUGAACCGGUGGUGUUCCGGAACCGGUUCUAGUCGUCCCGCUGGAAGUGGCCAAAUAUACAAGUGAAUCAAACCCAUGCAUGCGACACAUCAAACCACGGCAUUUUCGAUAACCUGAUGAGCGGUAAGCAGGAAAAUAGUCUCAGAUCAUAUCUGAACCGGUAGUGUUCCGAAACCGGUUCUAGGCGUCCCGCUGGAAGUGGCCAAAUAUACAAUUGAACCAAACCCAUGCAUACGGCACAUCAAACCACGGCAUUUUCGAUGACCUGAUGGAUAAUGAGCAGGAAAACAGUCUCAGAUCAUAUCUAAACCGGUAGUGUUCCGGAACCGGUUCUAGGCGUCCCGCUGGAAGUGGCCAAAUAUACAAUUGAACCAAACCCAUGCAUACGGCACAUCAAACCACGGCAUUUUCGAUGACCUGAUGGAUAAUGAGCAGGAAAAUAGUCUCAGAUCAUAUCUGAACCGGUAGUGUUCCGGAACCGGUUCUAGGCAUCCCGCUGGAAGUGGCCAAAUAUACAAUUGAACCAAACCCAUACCUGCGACACAUCAAACCACGGCAUUUUCGAUGACCUGAUGGACAAUGAGCAGGAAAACCAUCUCAGACCAUAUCUGAACCAGUAGCGUUCCGGAACCCGUUCCGGGGUUCCCGCCAAAGUGAUUAAAUCUGAAAGAGAAACAAACCCGUACAUGCGUCACAUCAAAUAGCGGCUUUUUAGAUUACCUAAUGAACGGCCAGCAAGUGUUUCGGAAUCGGUUUUGAGUGGCCGGAAAAGGCCAAAUGUAAAAGUAAACCAAAUCCAGGCAUGUGACCCAUCAAAUCGUGGCCGUUGCGAUUACCUGAUGAACAGUAAAUAGCCUUACGUCACACUAAAGACAACUGGUAGUGUUCCGGAAUUGGUUCCGAGAGUUCCGUCGAAAUUGUCAAACCCUGCAUGUGACACCUUCAAUUUGCAGCGUUUUUGGUUAACCGAUGAGCAGUUAAAAAGACAAUAAUGUUAGACCACAUUUGGUUCAGCCGGUAGUUACCCGGAAUCAGAUCCGGGUAGUAAAAUGUAAAAUUUAACCAAACCCAUGGAUGCGGUACAUCAAAUCACGACCAGUCUUGUAAACAUUCGACACUUUUUACUACCUUCAUUUCGUUGCCGCAGUCGAGUUUCAGUCGGCUUUGUUACAUUCGUGCGCUAUCGUUACCUCUUACCUACACACAAUACGAGCAGUAGAACGAAGAUCAGUAAACAUAAGAAAGGGCCAAAUCAAUGUCAUCUGACACGAUGACAUGUGUCUAAUUCUAGCUUCACGCAUAGAUUUUCAGCCAAUUCCGAUUAUGAAUGUUAAUAUUAGUUUAUUAUUGCAUGUUGCAUUGAAUACUACACAGAUGGGCAACAUAGCUCUUAUUAUGGAAGAAGACAGGAAUAACAAAAGCCGAACCGUCUCCCGAAGCCGCUAUCGUGGUGAAGUGCAUUCGUUUGACAUUUUUGUUUCGAACAGUAGUUUGAUUGCUAAUGUUGCGAAUGUCGGAGACAAAGGAGGCCGAAUAUCAACGAAAAGGUUCAAAUGACUGUGAUCUCUAACAAGACUGAUCACGACUUAUCGACAACCUGAUGGGAAAAUAGGGUCAGACCACAUUUGAUUCCCGGUAGUGUUGUGGGUUCAGCUGUGGCUUCGAAAGUGGUUAGAAGUAAAAGUGAAGCAAACCCAUUCAUGCGAUAUAUCAAAUCGCG